AUGACUCCAUUUGAGGCAUUAUAUGGCCUCCCUCCUUCUCAACAAGCUUUAGGACCAUACCUUCAGACUAGAGUGGCUGUAGUGGGAGAUUACAUCAAGGAAAGGCAGCAGAUGGAUAACAUGUUGAAACAGAACUUGAAACAGGUACACGAAAGGAUGAAGAAAUAUGCUGAUGAGAAGAGGAGUAAGAGGGAAUUCAGUGAAAGAGAUUGGGUGUAUCUAAGGUUACAACCAUAUAGACAGAGCUCAAUAGCCUUGCGAGGAAACACCAAACUCUCAGCAAAGUAUUUUGGCCCAUACCAGAUAACAGAAAGGAUAGGAGAGGUAGCAUACAGACUGAAUCUACUCACUUCUUCAAAGGUCCACCCUGUCUUCCAUGUGUCAUUGCUCAAGAAAAAGAUUGGUGACAAGGCCACACCUACACUCCAACUACCAGAAACAAAUAAGAAUGGGCAUUGGAGGAUAGAACUAGCAGCAGUGAUUGGUAGGAGGAUGGUAAAGAAAAGAAAUGCUGCUACAACUCAGUGGUUAAUCCACUGGUGGGGCACAGAUCCUGUAGAAGCUACAUGGGAGGAUGCAGAGGAGAUUAGGAAACAAUUCCCCACCUUCCAAUCUUGA